AUGGUGGAUAUUAUUUUCCAUUAUCCUUUCCUGGGUGCUAUGGGGGAUUCUUCCAAGAAGAAGCCAGGCACGGCCACGUGCGUGGGCUGCGGGAGUCAGAUCCACGACCAGUUUAUCCUGAGGGUGUCUCCGGACCUCGAGUGGCACGCCGCGUGCCUCAAGUGCGCCGAGUGCAGCCAGUACCUGGACGAGACGUGCACGUGCUUCGUGAGAGACGGGAAAACCUACUGCAAGCGGGACUACUUCAGGCUGUUCGGCAUCAAGUGCGCCAAGUGCCAGGUGGGCUUCAGCAGCAGCGACCUGGUGAUGCGGGCGCGGGACAGCGUGUACCACAUCGAGUGCUUCCGCUGCUCAGUGUGCAGCCGCCAGCUGCUGCCCGGCGACGAGUUCUCGCUGCGUGAACACGAGCUGCUGUGCCGCGCCGACCACGGCCUCCUGCUCGAGCGCACAGGGGCCGGCAGCCCGCGGAGCCCCGGCCCGCUCUCUGCGCGUGGCCUGCAUCUGCCCGAGCCCGGGUCCGGCCGGCAGCCCGCGCUGCGCCCCCACGUGCACAAGCAGGCGGAGAAGACGACCCGCGUGCGGACGGUGCUCAACGAGAAGCAACUGCACACCCUGCGGACCUGCUACGCCGCCAACCCGCGGCCCGACGCACUCAUGAAGGAGCAGCUGGUUGAGAUGACCGGCCUGAGCCCGCGGGUCAUCCGCGUCUGGUUCCAGAACAAGCGUUGCAAGGACAAGAAGAAAUCCAUCCUCAUGAAGCAGCUGCAGCAGCAGCAGCAUAACGACAAGACGAGCCUGCAGGGACUGACCGGGACACCUCUGGUAGCGGGCAGCCCCAUCCGCCACGAGAGCGCGGUGCAGGGCAGCGCGGUGGAGGUGCAGACGUACCAGCCGCCGUGGAAAACGCUCAGCGAGUUCGCGCUGCAGAGUGACCUGGACCAACCCGCCUUCCAGCAGCUGGUCUCCUUCUCCGAGUCUGGCUCCCUGGGCAACUCCUCCGGCAGCGACGUGACCUCCUUGUCCUCGCAGCUCCCCGACACGCCCAACAGCAUGGUGCCGAGCCCGGUGGAGACGUGAGGAGACCCCCCAAUCCGCGGACCGCGCAUGCUCCCUGCAUGAGACUCGCCCGUGCUCAAGCCUUGCCUGCUGAAAGCUCUCGCCUUUGUAAUUGUUGUUGUUGUUAUUUAAAGAGAGAGGACAGAGAGAAGCGUCAGGACGGCUAAGAGCGGCAGGACGCACCUGCUUUCGCCAGGCUGGAGAGCCCUGCUCCGAGGACUUGUGUGUUCUCAGACUCAGAAUUUGGGGUUGGCUAGCGUCAGCCCUGCCCUCUCCUCUCCCUGCGUCCACGCCCCCGCGGCUCCGGGGCUCCAGCGGGGAGAGGACAGGACACCCGCGAGGAACAGACCUCAGUCCCCCAAAGCGCAUGAUUGCCGGAAAAAGUAGAAACAGACUUACCUUGAAAAUGUUUAAAUUAUCCGUCGACGGAGGACAGAGCGUGUGAGCCUUUGCCGAACAGAACGUAAGUUAUUGUUAUUUAUUGUAAGAACAGCCA